AUGGCGGGACUUGUAGCGGCCGCGGUGCAGACGCCAAAGGUUGUUGACGCAGUGGUGAUCAUGUGCAUGGGAGCAGACAAAAUACGAGAGAUCAUGCUGGCUGCACACAGACAACGGUUGACCAACAGCAAAUAUAUGUUCUUUAAUGUUGAACUCUUCAAUGCCUCUUCUUAUGGCAAUGGAUCAUGGAAGAGAGGAGAUAAAUAUGACAACGAUGCGAGGCAAGCCUAUGCUUCUCUGAAUACUGUGACGCUACUUAGGACAGUCAAGCCUGAGUUUGAAAACUUCUCCAUGGAAAUGAAAAAGUCCAUCAAAAAAGCUGGGUUUCACGACUGCAAAGACUGCGGAAGUGUCAACAUGUUUGUUGAGGGAUUCCAUGAUGCCAUGUUGCUGUAUGCCAUCGCCUUGCACGAAGCCAUGAAAAAUGGUUACAGUAAGAAAAACGGUACAGAGAUCACCUCACGCAUGUGGAACAGAACUUUUGAAGGAAUCGCUGGCCAGGUAUCGAUGGAUGUCAAUGGUGACAGAAAUGGAGAUUUUUCUUUGAUGGCCAUGACCAAUGUUGAGGCAGGAACAUAUGAGGUGGUGGCCAACUACUUUGGUGUAAAUGGAACAUUUCAGCUGCUGCCUGCCUUCAAAGCUGACCAUUUCACGCUGAGCGAAAGAUUUAAAGCACACACAGAGAUACCGGACAAAUCAUGUGGACUAGGAGUAUCAGCUUUGACUGGAGUCAUAGUGGGAGCUGUUCUGGGAGCUGCAAUGCUUAUAGCAUUCUACUUUUUCAGAAAAAACUACAGGAUUACCAUUGAGCGUCGCACACAUAGUGAAGAGUGCGACACCAGGAAGCACCGUCAGCUGCGAGAGGACUCCAUCAGAUCAAACUUCUCAGCAGCAUAAUCAUCAUCAGCAGCAGACCCUUCACAUAGAAUCACACAUCUGAAUGUGACCAAAGACUUUGUAAUGGUUGUCAGUGGAGCCAUUCUGUUAAAAAUGAGACAUGUUGUGUUUGUAUCCUAUAAUGUUUUGUAACUCAGGACAGUUGUAAUAGUCACAAAGCACCACUUACUUGGAUUUUCUGUACACAGGUAUAUGACUGUAUUGGUGUAGAGAAAGCUUUGGCCAUAAUAUUCUUUAUGUGUUUUUUUUUUAAAGAAUUUGUUUCAUUUUUUAGAAUGAAUACCGGAAUAUAGGCUAGGUCUAUAUUUAUAGGUUUUAAGCUACUGAUAUUAAGCUACUGAUAUUGUAGGGUUUUCAGCAGAUCCAGCAGUCUCCAUACAAAUCUUAUUCCUAAUUUGUAACUGAGCAUGUUGCUCCUAAAAUAAGAAACACUGGGUAACCUAUCAUCUUGAAAAGUGCAACUCUUCUACACCUGGAUUGCCUCAUUUACAGUAUUUUCAUUUAAAAUUUGUAUAUUUAAUAAAUUCAGUUGCUACCAGAUUACAAAAUUGUGGUACUACUUUCUGGUAUUUAACAAAGCAUUCUUUAUUAAUGGUUAAUACAUUAAUUACUAAUUCUUUAUAGAUCAGUAAUAAGCCAAUAAUCAGAACAACUCGUGUUAGGUCGAGAUUGUUUUGGCUUAAUGGCUAACCAUCUUCUCAAUGAAUUAAAGGAAAACUAUCAUUUAUUA